UUAGGUGGCACAAUCAGAUAGAAUCAUAGAAUAACUCUUCUCGUCUCCCUAAUAAUCCAAAACCUGCUCAGCGCGAGCGUGAGUAUCCGGCGACCAAAAGCGUUUGCAGUCAAAGUUCAGCCGGAACAGAAUAGAACAGGUGAAAUCCAGUGGAUCUUCUUCUUUGCUUUCGCUCAUAGGCUUGCGCGGUUUCAUUGGCCAGAUCUUGACUGGUACUUCUCAUCCCCCUUAAGUAAUGGAUUUAUCCACCAUGGAUCGUGGGCAAAUCACUCUGAUGGGAGCAGCAUGCUGUACAAUGCUCAGUAUGCAUUUCACGGUGCAGCUACUAUCUCAGCAUUUUUUCUACUGGAAGAACCCAAAGGAGCAGAAGGCUAUAAUAAUCAUUAUCCUUAUGGCUCCCAUAUAUGCUAUUGACUCUUUUGUGGGUUUGGUAGAUAUCCAGGGAAGCAAAGCAUUCUUCAUGUUUUUGGACUCAAUAAAGGAAUGUUAUGAAGCUCUGGUGAUUGCUAAGUUCUUGGCUUUGAUGUAUAGUUACCUGAACAUAUCUAUUAGCAAAAACAUUGUACCUGAUGAAAUCAAAGGGAGAGAAAUUCACCAUUCCUUUCCGAUGACUCUUUUCCAGCCUCACACUGUCCGGUUGGACCACCAUACACUAAAGCUUAUCAAAUAUUGGACAUGGCAAUUUGUGGUCAUCCGCCCAGUAUGUUCAAUCCUGAUGAUAGGGCUACAAGUCCUUGGGAUCUAUCCUGCCUGGUUAAGUUGGACGUUCACCAUCAUUCUCAACAUUUCAGUUUCUCUUGCCUUGUACUCUCUGGUGGUCUUUUACCAUGUCUUUGGAAAAGAGUUGGCACCACAUAAACCACUCACAAAGUUCAUGUGCAUCAAGGGGAUUGUCUUCUUCUGCUUUUGGCAGGGAGUGGUGCUUGACAUUCUUGUUGCAUUGGGUAUCAUUAAAUCGCAUCAUUUCUGGCUGGAUGUGGAGCACAUACAGGAGGCGCUCCAGAAUGUCUUGGUUUGUCUGGAGAUGGUCGUCUUUUCUGUUCUCCAGCAAUACGCCUUCCAUGUUGCGCCUUACAGUGGAGAGGUUGAAUCAAAGAUGAAAAGCAAGAAGAAUGAAUAACGUGAAGGUCUUGAGGAAACUUAAGACUUUUUAUAUGUUUGUUUUGAAAUGAUUUUUCAAGUUCUUCGAUUUAUUUUCAUGUCAUUUGCAUAAAGGUGAGAUGAUAAACUAAGAAGUGAUUUUCUGUUAUACAUUUGACUUGCAUCAGAACUUAGUUUAGUCUGUAAAGAAAGUAUACAGAAAGCCAGAUGUUGUAGCUCCAAUUUGACGAGGAGAAUGGUCAAUAAAUUAUUACUGUUUUUUCUCA